ACAGUUCUGAAGUUGUUCAACCUUUUCUUAUGGGCUGUGGAACAAAAGAACCGAAGAUCACCCAACUUUGUCUUGCUGCUAUCCAACGGCUAAUGUCACAUGAAGUUGUAUCAGAGGCUGCAGCUGGAAACAUUAUUAAUAUGCUAUGGCAACUUAUGGAAAAUGGACUUGAAGAACUAAAAUUGCUACAGACCGUUUUGGUACUUCUAACAACCAACACAGUUGUUCACGAUGAGUCACUGUCCAAGGCAAUUGUCCUUUGUUUUCGUCUGCACUUCACAAAAGAUAACAUAACCAAUAACACUGCCGCAUCCACUGUGCGUCAAGUUGUUACUGUUGUGUUUGAGCGAAUGGUGGCUGAAGAUGAAAAGUACAAAGCACAGACGGGCUACAUAGCCACCCACCUUCAUUUUGACAAAAGUAUUGAGAUUGACACUGAUGAAACUGCAACAGAGAACAUUCUCAAAGCUGAAAUGACUAUGGCAUCUCUUUGUGGAAAACUUGGGCUAGUAACUCCGAGGGAUGCCUUCAUAACGGCCAUAUGCAAAGGUUCUUUACCACCUCAUUACACCCUCACUGUGCUUAACACCUCGUCUGCUGCUCUGUCCCACAAAACAUAUUCCAUACAGGGGCAAAAUGUGCAGAUGAUAAGCCCUUCAAGUGAUUCUCAUCAGCAAGUUGUAGCUGUGGGGCAACCACUAGCUGUGCAACCUCAAGGAACUGUUAUGCUUACUGCUAAAAAUAUCCAGUGUAUGCGCACAUUGCUGAAUUUGGCUCACUGCCAUGGAGGGUAUUUGGGGACCUCCUGGCAACUGGUGCUUGCAACACUUCAGCACCUUGUUUGGAUACUUGGAUUGAAGCCUAGCAGCGGUGGGGCCUUAAAACCUGGUAGAGCAGUGGAGGGACCUAGCACGGUUCUCACAACUGCAGUUAUGACAGACUUGCCUGUUAUCUCCACAGUUCUUUCACGUCUCUUUGAGAGCUCACAGUACCUUGAUGAUGUGUCUCUUCAUCAUCUAAUCAGUGCUCUUUGCUCAUUAUCACAGGAAGCUAUGGAUAUGGCAUAUGGCAACAACAAGGAGCCUUCUCUCUUUGCUGUUGCUAAGUUAUUGGAAACUGGUCUGGUGAACAUGCACAGAAUAGAAAUUCUAUGGAGACCCCUGACUGGCCAUCUCCUAGAGGUUUGUCAGCAUCCAAAUGCUAGAAUGAGAGAAUGGGGGGCAGAAGCUUUAACAUCUCUAAUCAAAACAGGUUUAUCUUAUAAGCAUGAUUCAUCGUCCUCACUAAACCAGAGAUUACAGUUACUGUUGUUGAAUCCAUUGAAGGAACUGUCCAACAUAAUUCAUCAUGAUAUACGACUAAAGCAGUUGGAAUGUGUUCUACAAAUUCUGCAGAGUCAAGGAGACAGGCUGGGACCUGGCUGGCCGCUUGUACUGGGGGUGGUUGGAGCAAUCAGAAAUGAUCAAGGUGAAUCUUUAAUACGGACUGCAUUCCAGUGCCUUCAGCUGGUUGUGACCGACUUUCUACCCACAAUGCCAUGCACUUGUCUGCAAAUAGUUGUAGAAGUGGCUGGCAGCUUUGGUCUUCAGAAUCAGGAAUUGAAUAUUAGUUUAACAUCAAUUGGGUUGCUGUGGAAUAUUUCUGAUUUUUUUUUUCAACGAGGGGAAAUCAUAGAGAGGGAGCUAAACCAAGAGGAAGAGUUCCUUCAAAAGCAGGCGAAAGAGAGAGGUUUGACAUUACAUCGUCCUUUUCACCCUGCACCACCUUUUGACUGCCUUUGGCUGUGUCUGUAUGCCAAGUUGGGGGAGCUGUGUGUUGACCCACGCCCUGCUGUCAGGAAAAGUGCUGGCCAAACUUUGUUCUCUACAAUAGGAGCCCAUGGAACUUUGCUGCAACACGCAACAUGGCAUACUGUUAUAUGGAAGGUACUGUUUCAUCUGUUAGAUAAGGUACGAGAAUCUUCAACAACAGCUGACAAAGAGAAGAUUGAGUCAGGAGGAGGCAAUAUACUUAUUCAUCACUCCAGGGACACAGCUGAGAAACAGUGGGCUGAGACCUGGGUACUAACACUAGCUGGUGUAGCCCGAAUAUUUAACACUAGGAGAUACUUGCUCCAACCUCUGGGUGAUUUUUCGAAGGCCUGGGAUGUUCUUCUGGAUCACAUUCAGUCAGCAGCUCUUAGCAAAAACAGUGAAGUUUCUUUGGCUGCACUGAAAAGCUUUCAGGAAAUCUUGCAGAUAGUGAGCCCUACUAGAGAAACGGACAAACCUGAAUCCCUACCUGGCAUAACCGCAGGCGUGCCUGUUCUUAUUGGGCCAGUUACAGCUGCUGGGCCCGGGAGACCGUUAAUAAGAGCUGAUUCCAUUGGAGAAAGACUAAGCAGGUAUAAUUUGCCUGAACAGCCCAUAGCUAUUGAUGAGAUUGAAGACUCUGCCUUGUGGUGGGCAGCUUGGAACACCUGGUAUAGGAUUGGUACAGAAAGCACAAAGCCACCAGCUUCUUGUGAUAAACUGACAUUCAUCCCCAGCCAGCCUUUUCUCACAGCUUUAAUUCAGAUUUUCCCAGCUCUUUAUCAGCACAUCAAAACUGCUUUUAGUAUGGAUGAUCUACAAAAGCUGGGAGUUAUAUUACACGGGGCUGUAUCAGUGCCUAUAAGCUCGGAUGCAUCUCCUUUCAUCCUCCCCUCUUAUACUGAAGCAGUGUUGACAAGUCUGCAGGAAUCAGUGCUUACAGCCUUGGAUGUGCUUCAAAAGGCAAUUUGUGUAGGACCUGAAAAUAUGCAGAUAAUGUAUCCAGCAAUUUUUGAGCAUCUAUCUUCAUUUGUGCAGUUCUCCUGUAAGCCACCUCAGUAUGGAAAACUUGAAACAAAGCACAUUGCAAAUGCAAAAUACAAUCAGAUUCAACUGUUUGCACCGGCAGAAUGGGUCGCUCUAAAUUAUGUACCUUUUGCUGAGAAAUCUUUAGAAGUAGUGGUGGAUUUGUAUCAAAAAACAGCAUGUCAUAAAGCAGUUGUCAAUGAGAGAGUUCUCCAAAACAUCAUCAAGACUUUAAGGAUGCCGCUUAGUCUGAAAUAUGCCUGUCCUUCAGAAAGCACAUGGAAGUUAGCCGUAUCUUCCCUUCUAAAAGUACUGUCUGUUGGAUUACCUGUUGCAAGACAACACGCAUCAUCUGGGAAGUUUGAGAGUAUGUGGCCAGAAUUAGCUAAUACCUUUGAAGAUUUUUUGUUUACGAAAAGCACACCUCCAGAUAAUCUUUCAAUUGAAGAGUUUCAAAGAAACGAGAGUAUUGAUGUUGAGGUGGUACAGCUGAUCAGCACAGAGAUCCUGCCUUAUGCCAAUUUUAUCCCAAAGGAAUUUGUUGGUAAAAUUAUGACUAUGCUCAAUAAAGGCUCAAUACAUUCACAGUCUUCAUCAUUUACAGAAGCAGAAAUAGACAUCAGAAUGCGAGAAGAGUUUUCUAAAAUGUGUUUUGAGACGCUGCUCCAGUUUUCAUUCAGCAAUAAAGUAAGCACACCACAAGAAGGGUAUAUUUCUAGAAUGGCGCUCUCAGUUCUCCUCAAAAGAUCGCAAGAUGUACUUCACCGCUACAUAGAUGAUGAACGACUGAGUGGUAAAUGCCCUCUUCCAAGGCAGCGUGUAACGGAAAUCAUAUUUGUUUUAAAGGCUGUUAGCACUCUUAUUGAUUCACUAAAGAAAACUCACCCCGAAAAUGUUGAUGGUAACACGUGGGCGCAGGUAAUAUCCCUGUAUCCAACACUAGUGGAAUGCAUUACGUGCUCCUCUUCUGAAGUUUGCACGGCACUUAAAGAAGCUUUAGUACCAUUUAAAGACUUUAUGCAUCCACCAGCAACUAAGGUGCAGAACGGAGAAUCAUGACCCAAUGACUGAAGAAGAAUUUCUGUGGAAAUUUACCUUCAAUGAAUGUUUUCUUCAAAGUGAAAUUAUUUUUUCAAAUGGACGUGUCAUGAACUAUCCUGAGCAGCCAAUGACGGCCUCCAUUUAACUAUACUAAUAAGCUCAGAUUUUUAUAAACACAAGCUUACACCUCAAUAAAUGUUCUUGAGUGAGUAGCAGUGUGGGCUUCUGAAUACAAACGGGGAAAAAAUGAAGUAAACUAUAAAUUUGAAUCAGUAGGAUAAUGUGCUACAGCUCUUUGGGCUGAUGAGAUUUUGGGGUUCUGUGGUGUAUUAAACAAAGUAUUACAGUUCUGGUAUUUGUUCCCUUUUAAAAGUACAACGUACUUAAUUUUAUGCAAAACAAUACUAUAACAUUCCAUAUUUUUUGUUAACAGCCUUUGUAAACCAAGAGAACUGACAUAUUUGUGUGUAAAAUAAAUGGCACAGUUCUUAAUAAAUUGUCCCAUUAUUUAAAAUCAUUUUGGUACAGGCAGUAUUAAAUACAUACUUUUGCAGUGAGUAAAUGAGCUGUAUAGUAGCAUCUUUUACCUAGAAACUUCUCAUUUAUUGGGGACACAUUGUUAUUCAUAUUUGUGAGCAUAACAUUACAGCAAAAAUGUGUUCAUUUAUUCUGUCUUAUUUUUAUUUUAAAUUAAGUAUCUCAAUAUGAAAUGCCAAAUGAUCUUAUAUAUUUUCUUUAACUCUAAUUUUAGGUUAAAUAUACAGGAAUUUAAACUA